AUGGGUCUUGGCAUUCUCGAUGAUCAUCACCUUGAUCAUGUGCCGGGUACAGCCUUGCUUGCUGACAUGAUCAAUGCUCAAGAGCAUCAGUUUCAUGGACGCGACACCUCCGGCCUCAAACAUGGUACAGGGCGUAAUAAAGAUAUUGUGCUUGUUCCCCAGCCCAGUGAAUCUCCUAGAGACCCCUUGAAUUGGUCUAUCUGGAAGAAAGACCUCCUGCUGGUCAUUAUCAGUCUGGACACGGCUGUAGUUGGUGCCUGGGGCCCAAUGAUCUCGCCUGGAUACGCCGACAUGGCCGCUGAAUUUAACAUCUCCUAUAACAAGCUGAAUGGUGGCCUUGGCUGGGCCAUUUUUGCGAUCGGAAUAUCCUGCUUCAUCACCAAUGGACUAGCUGUGAAGUACGGUCGUCGUCCGGUGAUGAUCCUCGGAAAUCUUUUACUGUUCAUCUCUUCGGUCUGGGCAUACUUCGCCCAUAGCUACAACUCUCUUCUUGCUAGUCGAAUAUUUGGUGCCAUCGGAAUGAGUCCAUUUGAAGUAUUGACAACUGCAGUCAUAGGAGAUAUCUACUUUGUCCAUGAAAGAGGUCUUCGGCUUGCCUUCUGGGGUCUUUGUCUCAGCGUUGGCGUUGGUGGAGGAAGUGUCAUCUCGGGUUAUAUCAUACAAGACCUGGGCUGGAACUGGACCUACGGGAUUUGCGCGAUUUUGUAUGGGGUAUUCAUCAUUCUGAUCUUCCUAUGGGUUCCGGAAACUGUCUACAAACGAGACCCGGCCUACAAUCUCGACCUGGGAACCGAGGACCACACCUUCGACACGCUCGAAGUUCAAGAGAAAACGUCAGAAAACACCCACGAAAUCAAAGCACACGAUCAACAUGUGGAAUCUACAGCAACAUCAAACCGAAUGACGGUCAAUGCAGUCUAUACUGGCGCCGACGAAAAACCCUACACGUUUUGGGAAGAGUUGCGCCUGGUCAGAGGUGUGGAGUCUGAUGAAAACCUCUUUUGGAUCAUUGUUCGACCAUUUGGAAUGCUCCUAUUCCCACAGGUGCUCUACGGCUUCAUCACCUACGGUUUGUCGACAUCCUGGUUAGUUGUCAUGAUCAGUGUUCUGGCACAACUAUUCAGCGCCCCACCAUACAAUUUCACUGUCUCAGCAAUUGGUCUGAUCAGCAUUGGCCCGUUAAUCGCUGCACUUCUAGGAUUUGUGGCCGGACCUUUGAAUGAUUGGACCGUGAAGAAGUUGGCGCGCUGGAACAAAGGCAUCUACGAACCUGAAUUUCGUCUAGCCCUCAAUAUCUUGACCCUCAUAAUUGGCGUUGUUGGUUUCUUUGGUUUCGGGGCUUGCUUGAAGAAUGAGACUCCCUGGAUCGGUCCCGUCUUUCUCUACAGUCUUAUCUGGUUUGCUAUGUCUUUUCUGAACAUUGGUGUCUACGGCUACAUCACCGAAUGUCAUCGAAACAAAGCACCGGAAGCCUUUGCUUCGAUCAAUCUCCGAAAUAUUUACAGUUUCGGCAUGAACUACUUCAUUUCGGAUUGGAUAUCCGGCUCCGGUGUCAUGGAAGUGUUCGGAACAAUUGGAGGCUUGCACAUCUUCAUCUGUCUUCUAACGAUCCCUAUGUGGAUCUAUGGGAAACGAUGCCGUAGUCUCACAGCACGGAACCGCCUCUUCAAGAAGAUUCAGGAGAGUUGA